AAGGAAAGUCUGUCUCGGAGGCAUCUGUCACCCCUAGCCGGGCCGGGGGAGCGCGGCGCGUGGGCCUGGUGACCCGAAGAAAGUUUGUGCGCUCUGGGCCCCUCGCCGGCCGAGCGCGGCCCGAGCCCGGGAGCGGAGAGCGCGCAGCCCGCGGGCGGGGGGCGGCCAAAAUGGAGUCCGGGCGCCGCGCUGGGGUGGGGGGGCGGCGCGGAGGUGGGAGCCCGGUCCCCUCCCCUCCCCUCCCCUCCCCCUCAGGGCCGAGUUCGGAGCACAAAGCCGAGCGCGCAGGCCCGGCCGCCCCGCGCCCCUGGAGUCGGCGACGGGGAAGGGGGUGGGAACCAAACUUUUUUUCCUGCCCGGGGACAGACACGCUUGCCAGAGGUCAACUUAGUCCCUAGACACCAUGUCAGAUAGUGAUCUGGGUGAGGAUGAAGGCCUCCUCUCCCUGGCAGGCAAGAGGAAACGCAGAGGGAACCUGCCCAAAGAGUCGGUGAAGAUCCUCCGGGACUGGCUAUACUUGCACCGCUACAAUGCCUACCCCUCAGAGCAGGAGAAGCUGAGCCUUUCUGGACAGACCAACCUGUCAGUGCUGCAGAUAUGUAACUGGUUCAUCAAUGCCAGGCGGCGGCUUCUCCCAGACAUGCUUCGGAAGGACGGCAAAGACCCCAACCAGUUCACCAUUUCCCGCCGCGGGGGAAAGGCCUCAGAUGUAGCCCUCCCUCGUGGCAGCAGCCCCUCUGUGCUGGCUAUGUCUGUACCAGCCCCUACCAAUGUGCUUUCUUUGUCUGUGUGCUCCAUGCCACUCCACUCGAGUCAGGGGGAAAAGCCAGCACCUCCUUUUCCACAAGGGGAGCCAGAGCCCCCUAAGCCCCUGGUGACCCCUGGUAGCACACUCACUCUGCUGACCAGGGCUGAAGCUGGAAGCCCCACUGGUGGACUCUUUAAUACACCACCACCCACACCCCCAGAGCAGGACAAGGAGGACUUCAGCAGCUUCCAGCUCCUGGUGGAGGUGGCACUACAGAGGGCUGCUGAGAUGGAGCUUCAGAAGCAGCAGGAACCGUCACCCCCCUUACUGCACACUCCGAUCCCCUUAGUCUCUGAAAACCCAAAGUAGGCAUCUGACAGCAGGGGUGCUCGAAGCUCGAGCCAGCUGUCCUGGGUUUCCAUUUCCCUUCCAUACAGAGGGUUUUCUUUGGAUCACUGCCAAACAUCUGGAUCACCUCCUCUGUUCAGAGGUCUUUAGCAGGAAGAUGCCAGCUGGUGUCACUGCACUGUGAUGAAGACCUCUACCUACUCUGCUGACUCUGCCGUUUCUCCAGGCCUCCUUAGUGAUGAGACCACGAGAUGAGAGACGGGCAUGGUGCUGCUGCUGCUUCUCCAGAGAACCUCCAGGACACCUCUGUUCCCAUCCGCUUUCCUGGGCUGGGCACAGGAAACCUGCCAUGUUCAGACCUAUACUGGGUCUAAAUUGCCCCUGAGCCGGGCCUCUUUUAGUUAGCCAAGCGUAGACAUUCCAAGUUCAUAAGUGUGAACUAAAGAGAAACUUGGCAAAUGUAACAGAACCGACUCUAGUUGAAUGUUUAGGUUUUCACUAAACUUUGUGUUUAUUUUUCCCUUUUUACUGUGGUGUGGAUCAGUGGGAGAGUAAUGAGUCCAGGUGUGGGAAAUGAGAGCAUGUUUGUUGUGUGAUGAAGUCUGAUGAACUGGAGAUGAUCCACCACAGUAACUGGUAAUUGUUUUACACAAGGAUGAGUAUUUCUGUUUGGGGGACCAGCUAAAUCUGCAAAAUUCCAAAAAGUUUUAUUGUUGGUUUAGUUUACAAAAAGAGUAAGAGUAGGGGGGAAAAUAUGGCAUUUGGCUUUUCUACAUCAGUCACAGGAGGAGGAUAAAGCCAUAGCCAGAGAGAGGGUCCAACAGAGAAUCUGACCAAACCUUCUAUGCACAGAGCAAAGAAGUAUAAGACCAGAGAAUUGUUUGCUUUUUCUAUUUUUGUUUUUACUGUACUGGGGAUGGGGUGGGAUAAGCUAGAGGCAGUGGGUUUUUGUUUUUGUUUUCUCUUUAGUGUUUUUCCCUUAUUGAAAGUCUUGCCCUACAGCUUGAGUUUUUAAUUCUUUUAGGAACUUGAGUUAAUGAGGCCAGGAAAUCGUAAGUUCCCAACAACUCCUACUGAAAGAAAAGUGGGCCACCUACUGGCCAGGAAGCCUGUUUAACUGACUCAAGCUAGCAUCUUUUCCCAGGAUGGUGGUUGAAAACUAUUCUUAGAGGAAGCAGGACUUAAGGCCCACAACUGUUAGACCUUAGAGAGGCUGGGACUGAAGUCUGCUUGUGAAAGCAACCUGUUCCCCAUGAGUCUUUGUGUUGUACCUUUCUUUAAACUGGAGUUGCGGAGGUGCCUACCCUGAACUUCACAGUGAAACAGAUCACAGUUGGGCAUCUCCUCCCCAUUUUUCUAUCGUGCUGUUUUCAUUGCUGACAACAUAUACUAGCAAUAUACCCCACUUCUAUGUAUCCUAAGAAACACUAAUCCUAAAUUGUUAGCUGAAGUGUCUUUUUGUUCUGAAAAAAAAAUUAAUGGGCAAGCCAACUUGUCAGGAGCCCCCAGCCUGUAGUUUCCUGAAGCUGCCAGCUAGGACACAAGCAGGAGAGGUCCUGGGUGUUUGUUGACUGGCUUUGGGUGAGCCUGACCAAGAAAGAGGCUAUAGCACAUGCUCUGUCCUUCCUGGACAGAUCCCCAAAUCCUUCAGUCUCUUUGCCCACUCAUUGCUUUGCGAGGUGGCGAUUGGUUUAAUUAAGAAAAGUGAGCUUUACUGUCCAUGAGUAAGCAAAAUUCCUAGGCUCUUUUUUGCCUACCUGUCUCUUCCAACUGUGCCUUCUCCUUGCAUGCCACAGGGGGAUCAGGGAUCAUCACCCUCCUGAGGCCCAGCUGAGGUAAAGUGAUUAUGGCAGCUUCAAGGUUAGUUGACGGUGCUGUUUGUCCAGACUCUUCCACACCACCCAUGUCUGUGAUCCCAGGUCUGGUAUGAGUGUUGUAAGAUGUCUGUAGCAGGGGACUCAACAUGUACUGGGUUGAGAUGUGGCUUCCCUUCCCACAGUGCACUGAGCAGUGGAGCAGGUGAGGGAGCCAUGCUGCUGAAUUCUGGUUGGCAUCCCCUUCCCCCCCUUGUCCAAGGUGAGGUCUCUGCUUAAUGUGGUUGUUUAAUAAGCCAAGAGAAGCAUAGUUAUCCCAUUGAAUUAUUUGAGCAAAGAACUACUGUAAAUAACUUUUGUUUUUGUCUUUUGUCAAAUAAAGUUGUUUUUGGUUUU